UACCUUGUGCUGCUUUUCCCUAUUUUCCUGGCCACAGAUUACCUUCGCUACAAGCCUGUGCUCAUUGUCCAGGCGGCCAGCUUCAUAGUGACAUAUGCUUUGCUUGUGAAAGCCCAGAGUGUGAGGACCAUGCAGUUAUUGGAGUUCUUUUUUGGUCUGGCAACUGCCACUGAAGUUGCCUACUACUCCUACAUCUACAGUGUCGUGGAGCCAUCUCAUUAUCAGAGGGUGACUGGUUUUUGCCGCAGUGUCACACUGUUGGGCUCAGCCAUUGGCUCACUCAUCGGACAGAUUCUGGUGUCUGUAGCCCAGGUGCCUCUGUUUUACUUGAGCAUCAUCACACUGGUGUCCUCCUGCAUAGCCUUUGUUGCCCCUUGGUACCUACCCAUGCCCAGUAAGAGCCUGUUCUUUCACCACAGAGAGAGCAGCUCUCAGGAUGAAGGAGCUCUGGAACCCAUUAACAGCAGUCAGCUGAUUGAGAAGCCAGAUGAUCAGGA